CAGUUGAGUUUCUACGCUUGCAAUCAUCAAACGCAACACAAAAAUCCAACACGCUGCUUUGGCCGCAGAUUGCUGCUGCUGCGUUCUAAACGACGUGCUCAACGUGCAAAUACCCGGUAGUCGCAUCUAAAGGAUUAAUCCUACGAUCCACAAGCGUCGCAAUGCAUUAACAUAGACAGUGAAACACAUACAGACACAAAUACAAAUACAAAUACAAAUACACAUAUAUAUGUAGUCAAAUAGUUUUAAGUGCAUCUUCGGUCGGUCUUUCGGUUCGGUUCGCUUUGGUUCGGUUCGCUUCGGUUCGGUUCGGUAAUUGAUUAGUGUGCGUGCGUGUGUGUGUGUGUGUUCUUUUCUUUGUACUUUUUUUUUGCAUUAUUUUGAUUGUUUUCGUUGUGUGCCAAUGUGAUUUGCAUUUAACAUCUAAGCCAAGAUCUCAAAUCCCAAGCGAAUAGAAUUUCUUAAAUUACCAUAUUACGUAUACGCCAACCAAUUUCUACCUCAUCACUCAAAAGCCAAAAAGCAACAACAACCACGACACCUCAAUAACAACAACAACAACAAUAAUAAUACAGCGGCGACAACAUCAACAAUAACAGAGAAGAAAGAAGAGAGAAGAAGAACGCGAAAUGUUUAUUCGACAAUUGCAGACUGUGAAUACUCAUCAUAAUUAACAAUAACAACAACAGAAAGAGAAAGAACCGUAAUGAACUAUUAGAGAGAUUUACUCACACACACACUUGCAUCGAAAUGCUCAUACGUGUGACGUAUGCAAAUAAUUAGCAAGUAGAAUGCUAAGCUAACCAACGAACGCAUUGGGCACCCACACACCCUCAAGUUAAUUAAUUAAUAAAACAUAGUCAAAACUGAACAGUCAAUAAGCCAAGAAGAAGAAGAAUAAGCAUAAGAAGAAUAAGGGAAAAGGAGAAGACAAGCAGAGCGCGUGUCUUUGUGCGUGCACAAGCACAAAAGCAACAGAAGAAGAAGGAGAAGAGGGAGAAGAAAGAGGAGGAAGAAGAGCGAGCUCAAUUCUUCCUUUGGUGCAAUAAAAGCCGCCAAAAUACGCAAAAAGGUGACCACAAAGAAAGCCAGCGUUGUUUCGACGGUCGAGGACGACAACAACAACAACAACAACAACUACAGCAACAACUACAUCCAGAGCUUCGACUACGACAACGCUAACAACGCUCGGCAGCAAACAACAUCAGCAACAACAAUAACUACAGAGAGACACGAAGAAGAAGAGGAACAAAGCAAUAUGGACGAGACACAACAUUUCUGCUUGAGAUGGAACAACUACCAGAGCAGCAUCACCUCAGCAUUCGAGAACCUUCGCGACGACGAGGACUUCGUCGAUGUGACGCUCGCCUGCGAGGGGCGCAGCAUAAAGGCCCAUCGCGUGGUCCUCUCCGCCUGCAGUCCCUACUUCCGCGAUCUGCUCAAGAGCACACCCUGUAAACAUCCCGUCAUACUGCUGCAAGAUGUGAAUUUCAUGGACCUGCACUCGCUGGUGGAGUUCAUCUACCACGGCGAGGUGAAUGUGCACCAGAAGUCGCUGCAGUCCUUCUUGAAGACCGCCGAGGUGCUGCGCGUCUCGGGACUGACACAGCAACAGGCCGAGGACACGCACAGCCAUUUGGCACAGAUCCAGAACCUGGCCAAUGCCGGAGUGCGCACUCCGUUAAAUUCACAUCCACAUCCACAUCAUGGGGCGCUGCACGAUGACGGAGGCGCCACGCUGUUCAGCAGCCGCCAGGGACAGGGCGGGGCCGGGUCACCGCCACCGCCGCCGCCACAGCUGCCGCAGCACAUCAACAACCAUCUGCUGAAGCGGAUGGCGAUGCUGCAUCGCGGCAGCGUUUCGGGAGACGAGACAUCGCAGGCUCUGAAGCGGUUGCGCAGCUCUGAUAACGGUUUGCCCAGCAGCAACAACAACAGCCCGGACUUGCAGUUGCAUGCCCCGCGCAGUGCAUCGCCGCAGCUAACCCCCGCGGACUUUAGCACCAUCAAGCACCACAACAACAACAACACACCGCCGCUCAAGGAGGAGAAACGCAAUGGACCCACUGGCAAUGGCAACUCGGGCAACUCUGGCAAUGGCAACUCUAGUGGCAACAACAACAACAACAAUAACAAUAACAACAACGGAAACGGAAAUGGAAACGGAAACUCGAACGGCAUCUCGAUCAGCGAGAAACUCGGCAGCCUAACACCUUCGCCUUUGGCCCGCGGCGUCGAUGACGUCAAGUCGGAGCCAAUGGAGCUCGUCUGCUCCAACAACAACGCCAACAAUCCGAAUGCCAACGACGAGCACAGCAACGACUCCACUGGCGAACACGACGCCAAUCGCUCCAGCAGCGGCGACGGCGGCAAAGGCUCCUUGAGCUCUGGCAACGAUGAUGAGAUCGGUGACAAUCUCACCUCCCACCAUGCCCCACCGCCAUUCAUUAUGUCGCCAGCUGACAACAAACUGUUUCCCGGUGCCGCAUUCAACUUUCCCAUAAGCAAUCUCGAUCACUCAGCCUUGCUUGGUCUCAACACACAAUUGCAACAAUCUGGCGAACUCGCUGUCUCUCCACAAGGUGGCAGCACCAGCCUACUCAGCGGCGUCAUAGUGCCCGGUGGUAGUGACAACCCUAGUAAUAGUAGUAGCAACAACAACAACAACCUACAACAAGUAGAACAACAACAACAACAGCAAACAUCACAACACCACCUCCAACUCCAACAACAACAACAACAAUUACAUCAUUCCACAACACAUAAUCCACAACAAGAGCGCGAAAGAGAACGCGAACGUGAACGCGACAGAGAGCGCGAACGUGAGCGAGAGCGAAGCAGCAGCAGCAACAACAAUAACAACAAUGAUCCACACAGCAGCAGCGAACGAAGCCUCUCGCGAUCCUCGCAAUGCGACGCAAAGCCGCUGCACAGCAACAGCUGCACGCCCUCCCCCUCGCCCACAUACCUCAAGCGUGAGCGCGAACACGAGCGCGAAAGGGAACGCGAAAGGGAACGGGAACGAGAACGCGAACGCGAAAGGGAGCGCGAAAGGAAACGCGAAAGGGAACGCGACUUGGAGGCGUCAGAGGUAACGCAGGGAGGAGGAGGAGGAGGAGGAGGAGGUUCACCACCGCCGCCGCCACCGCAUCACGGACAUCCGGCUCCUCCGCCGCACUUUGGCCAGCAUCCGCUGUCGAUGCUCCACCACCAGCAGCAGCAGCAGGCACAGCAACAGCAGCAGCAGCAGCAUUCCCAUCAGCAUCCGCUGCACGGACAUCACGAACUCUCCUCGGUGGCCGCCGUCCAUCAUGCGCAUGCGUUGGCCCGCGCCUCCUCGCCCCUGGAACGUCAUCACCUGUUGCAGCAGCAUCAUCAGCACCAUCGACGCGCCUCGCUCUCGCCCUCGUUGUCGGCCGCUGGCAGCAGCGGGGGACGAGGUGCGGGGGCAGCGGCUGCCGCAAAUGCAGCGAACAAUCUGCUGUCCUCCGCUCGGGCCAGCGAUGUGGCCCAGGCGAAUCGAUUGCUUCUGCCGCUGCCGCUGAACGCGUGUCAUCGCUGCGACGUGUGCGGCAAGCUGCUGAGCACCAAGCUCACCCUGAAGCGCCACAAGGAGCAGCAGCAUCUGCAGCCGCUGAACAAUGCGGUGUGCAAUCUGUGCCACAAGGUCUUUCGCACCCUCAACUCGCUGAACAACCACAAGAGCAUCUACCAUCGCCGGCAAAAGAAUCACCACUCGUAUUUCCAUCACGGCGCCGGCGUCGGGGUCGGUGUCGGACAGGCGGGAAGUCCGGGGAGUCGGCUGCAUCAGUCCCUCAGCUCUCUGACCGCUGCGGCGGCCGUCAACAACAGCGUCUCGGGUGGCGGGGGGGGCGGCAACUCGGCGGUGGCAGCGGCCGCUGCUGCUGCGGCCGCAGCUGCGGAGUUGCUGCUGUCGCCGAUUGUCGGGGCCGCGGCGGUGGCGGGGGGGGGGAAUGCGAGCUCAACGCUUCAGCUGGCGGCGGCGCAUCAGCAGCAUCAGCAGCAGUCGUCGCCGAACAUAGUGAAGCCCUGCAUAGACUUCUUAUAAGAUCAGCAUCAGCUAUUGCAGCAGCUGUUCCACGUUGCGCUCAACAACUCGGCAGCAGCGGCAGCGGCUGCAACGGCAGCGGGCGGCUCCUCU